AUUUACAUAUUUUUAUAUAGAAUACGCAGGGACUCAGAGAAGCAGUUCCAAUGAACAUGUCAGUGUUGACUUUGCAAGAAUAUGAAUUUGAAAAGCAAUUCAACGAGAAUGAAGCCAUCCAGUGGAUGCAAGAGAACUGGAAGAAGUCAUUCUUGUUUUCAGCUCUGUAUGCUGCCUUUAUAUUUGGUGGUCGGCACCUAAUGAACAAACGGGCAAAGUUUGAGCUGAGGAAGCCGCUUGUGCUCUGGUCUCUGAGCCUUGCAGUCUUCAGUAUAUUCGGUGCUCUUCGAACUGGUGCUUGUAUGGUGUACAUUUUGAUGACCAAAGGCCUGAAGCAGUCAGUUUGUGAUCAGAGCUUUUACAAUGGACCUGUCAGCAAAUUUUGGGCUUAUGCAUUUGUAUUAAGCAAAGCACCUGAACUUGGAGAUACAAUAUUCAUUAUUCUUCGAAAACAGAAACUCAUCUUUCUGCAUUGGUACCACCAUAUCACUGUGCUGCUCUAUUCUUGGUACUCGUAUAAGGACAUGGUUGCCGGAGGUGGUUGGUUCAUGACCAUGAACUAUGGAGUGCAUGCAGUAAUGUACUCCUACUAUGCCUUGAGGGCGGCGGGUUUCCGGGUCUCUCGGAAGUUCGCCAUGUUCAUCACCUUGUCCCAGAUCACACAAAUGUUGAUGGGUUGUGUAGUUAACUAUCUAGUCUUCUCCUGGAUGCAGCAAGACCAGUGCCACUCUCACGUUCAGAACGUCAUCUGGUCCUCACUCAUGUACCUCAGCUACUUUGUGCUCUUCUGUCAUUUUUUCUUCGAGGCCUACAUCGGCAAAAUGAGGAAAAUCAGGAAGGCUGAAUAGUGUUGGAACUGAGAAGGAAGCCAUAGCUCAGGGUCAUCAAGAAAAAAAAAAACUAGACAAAAGAAAAUGGCACAAGGAAUCAUAUAUAUGGUGCAGCUAAAAAUAAUAAUAAUAAUUAAAAACAAAACUUGGCAGCUUAGGGGUAACUAGGUUGAUCUAACCCAGUAAGUUUAUGAUCCUUUUAUGGUGAGGACUCACUGAGUUCAACUCCAUCUCAAAGGACUGCUGCUGAGAGACACCAUCCCUCUCGUACCUGUCAACUCUAGGAGAAAAAAUGAAAGAAAGAACGAAAAGGCAAAUGACAGUUAUUAACAAAUUUUAUGAAAAAAAAAUAUUUAAUGUGUCAUAUUUCCCUAAGGACAGAAGACUUUUACUAAAAACAAAACAAAACAAAAAAAGUAUUUCUAUAUCCUUUCUAAUCUUUUUUCAACACUAAACUGGAGCCAACAAGAAAAAGACAAAAAUGGUGGAGGUGCAGGGGGGUGUGCUCGUAGAACCAGCGCUUUGGCAGAAAUGAAAACUUUCCUUGGGAAAGGCUGACAGUGUUAGGCUAAAUGCAAAAGUUAUCUAGAAGGUUUCUUUAAGUGGCCAUGAGCCACGACUUGAUGAGUAAGAGACAAGUUUGAUGUUUCCCACUGCAAUCUUGAAAUUGUGUGCAGUCCUUUGGCUAGUGAGUAUGCAAAAACCGACUGGGGUGUGAUGCUUUGACCAGGUUUUUAAAAUGAGGAACAAAACAUGACUGCCCAGUUCCAAAUGAGAAAGAAUUUGUCCAAGUGCAUUUUCGAUGGAAGUCUAGUGAUUUCUAUUACUGCAUAGGAUAAAAGAGAUUCAGCUUUGUUCUCUUACCUGAGACUUUUUUAAAAAGAACCUUGGGAGGGGAGGGGGAAAGG